GUACCGACAAACAGCCGGUGCAUGAGGAUCACCUGCAGCAGAAUAACCGGGACAUUACACCGUCAUGGAUCCCCGGUAACCGGAGGUACGAUGCACCGGGCCUGCUGUGCUCCUCCUCCCCGGGGCUGAGCAGGUGUUUCCAGGCUGAGCUGCGGAGGGUCUGUCCUGCAGCUUUUGUUCUGCUCAGCCAUGACAUGUUGUGUGGGAUGGACCUCCUUUAGUGUCUGUGUUUCUGAGUGCUGGUCGGUCCGGUUCUGCAGGUUCUGAGAGAGGAAGCAGGAUAAAGAGACCCUGUAGUUCAGCAUGUUCUCCCCCCCGAAGAGGGAGUCGAGUCUGAGGGAGCUGCCGAUGGAGAGCUGGAUGUCCCUGCUGCCCCCCCCCCUGUGGGACACCCCCCUGAGCCAGCUGGCCAUCCCCGGAAGCCACAAUGCGAUCACGUACUGUCUGGAUAUGAACGACCGCUCUCCGGUGGACCUCACGCAGCCCGACCUGCUGCAGAAACUCGACAAAUUCAUGAAGCCUCUCAUCCGGCCCUUUGUCUACAAGUGGGCCAUCACACAGGAGGUCGGCAUAAAGCAGCAGCUGGACUCGGGGGUCAGAUACUGUGACCUGAGGAUCGCUCACCGACCCAAUGACACAUCCACGGACCUCUACUUCUACCACGGAGUGUACACCGCGCUCACUGUGGAGGCGGUGCUGCUGGAGAUCAGGCAGUGGAUGGAUGCUCACCCCCGGGAGGUGCUCAUCCUCUCCUUCAGUCACUUCCUGGGCCUGAGCCCGGCGCUGCACACGCUGCUGAUCAGCACCAUCCGCAGCGUGUUCGCCUCCAAACUCUGCCCCAAAACGGAGGUGUUGACCCUGCGUAACCUGUGGGCCCGGGGCCUCAGUGUGAUCGUGUCCUAUGAACACGUGCUCUCCUGCAGCAGCGCCGACCUCUGGCCUCACAUCCCGUACUGGUGGGCCAACAAGUGCCGAGCCGAGGAGCUCAUCCAGGAGUUCGAGAGCCGCAAGCAGAGCGGCAGGCCAGGGGGUUUCUUCGUCACAGGCAUGAACCUGACGGAGGACCUGAAGUACAUCUGCACCCACCCCACAGAGUCCCUGAAGGACCUGGUGGUGUCCACCUACCCCCCCCUACUCAGCUGGGUGCAGCAGCAGAGCCCCGGCUGUGGGGGGGGCUCGCUCAACAUCAUCGCCGGAGACUUCGUCACCGAGAGCGGCUUCGUGCCCACCGUCGUCUCUCUGAACGAGAAACUGCUGACACACUCCUCAUGACUGCUCUCCAAUAAUUAAACACACACACACACUGGAAGAACCACGGCAUGUUUAGUGGCAGAGAACGGACUUUCAUUAUUCUUUUCAAUAUAAAAUGCACUGAUAAGGAAGAUGUAUAUUUUAGACUUUUUAAUAUUUCCACUUUUGUUUACAUUCACUAUUUAUGCAAAUGUCCUGAAUCAGAUUUCACGAGUCGGCAGAGUUUUAUGUUACCAGAGCAAUAAUAGUAAUAACAACAACGUAACUAAUCUCACCUUUUACUUUUUAAGUAAGCACAAGCGAUGUAUUCAAGCAGCACAUGUGAUUGUAACGUAGGUCACACACUUUUAUAACUCUGACGUGUCGGCAGCAGCAGCUAGGUAUACUGUAUUUAUCCUCAGAGAACGUAGAGUAGACUACAGUCAUGCAAAAUGCAUGGAAACGUAUUUGCAUGAACCCAACCUCUGACUGUUUUACUCACAAGCUGACUCAACAGGUGAGGCCUUGUUUUAAAUAAUGCUGCGCUGCUGUGCCUGUGGAGAUGAGCUUUUCAAAUAAACAUGAGCGUUUUUAAUCGA